ACUUCUUAUCUCACAGAGGAAGGGGGUUGUGACAGUUCAAGCAAAUCUUAUUGGUGAAGGAGUUUCUAUGUGACUUUUUCUAAAUAGCCAUUUCCUUACUUAACCAUACCAUUACGUGUGAAAGUAGACUGAACAUCAACCUCUCUCAGGAAGGAAAGACUGCAGGGGAGAAAAUCUUACUAUUUUAAAAUACUUGUGGUAAAAUUCUGCUUCCAUCUUAAGAAGAAAAAGUUGGUACAACAUAAUGUUGUGCUUUUUAGAUUGGUAUUUACCUGUACUGUGAAAAGUUAACUUCUUUGGUGAGAUGUAUUUCUCAGAAAAGAUUGAUAUUGAAGAUGACAUAAACAAGAAUGCACUCAUUGCACAUGAAGGAAUCCCUUCUGGUAUCUUGUCUCAGACUAUGAAUUACGUGGGACAGCUUGCAGGACAAGUUCUAGUUACUGUGAAAGAGCUAUAUAAAGGCAUUAACCAGGCCACUCUUUCAGGAUGCAUCGAUGUAAUUGUGGUUCGGCAGCAGGAUGGUACAUACCAGUGUUCUCCUUUCCAUGUCCGAUUUGGGAAGCUUGGUGUUCUGCGUUCUAAGGAAAAAGUGAUUGAUAUAGAAAUUAAUGGAGACACAGUUGAUCUUCAUAUGAAGCUGGGUGACAAUGGAGAAGCUUUCUUUGUACAGGAAACUGAAGAAGAAUAUGAAAAAGUUCCUGCAUAUCUGGCAACCUCCCCAAUAAUCACUGAGGAUCAGUUCUUUAAAGAGUUUGAAGAUCUCCUGCUGAAGUCAGGUGAAAAUGAAAGGACAUGUCAGAGCUCUGAAGUUACACACGUCAUGGAAUCAGAGACUCUGUUCACCUCAGGGUCUGUGAAGAAGAAAAAGCGAAGAAGAAAGAAAUACAAACAAGAUAGCAAGAAGGAAGAUCAAAUCUCCUCUUCUGGGGUUGAAGAGAUUUUUGAAAUAGAAAUAAGCUCUGAUGACGAGAGGGGUGUUCAACAUCUGAGAGGAUCCUCAAAUUCUUCACCAAAGAGUGAAGAGCAGAAAGAGCCUUUGAUUUAUCACUCCAAAGAUCAUUACCCUUUAUCUGAUGGAGACUGGUCCCCUUUGGAGAACCCUUUCUCAGACCCAGUCUGUCCUAAAAGUGAUUCAGAGCUAGAAGUGAAACCUGCAGAGAGCUUGCUUAGAGCUGAAUCUCAUAUGGAGUGGACAUGGGGAGGAUUCCCAGAAUCUACUAAGAUAAGCAAGAAGGAAAAAUUGGAGCAUCCUAGAACAGCUACCAUUACCCCAUCAGAAAAGACUCAUUUUAGGGUCAUUCUCAGCUCUGAUGAAGUUGAAGAUGAUUUUUUGGUGAAAGAUUCUGUCUGUACGGUACUGAAACCUGAGCCAAGAACUCAUCCCCUGUUUAAGCAAAUAGAGGUUAAAGAUUCUCUUGCGUCUGCAGUCAUAGAACCUCUGCUGGAGAUCCCUCAAGAAUCAUCUACAUUAGAUGCUGAUCAUCUCCCCAGCCCAUUAGCAGAUAGUCCUUCAGAAGCAAAACCACCAGCAAAAAUUGACUCUCCUUCAAAAAAGAGAGGGGUGCACAAGCGAAGCCAACACCAGGGGCCUCAUGAUAUUUACUUGGAUGACUUGAAGGCUUUGGAACCUGAAGUUGCCGCACUCUACUUUCCCAAAAGUGAUUCUGAUCCAAGUUCCAGACAGUGGACUGAGUCGGAUACCCUCUCUGGUUCCCAGUCACCACAGUCCGUGGGAAGUGCUGCUGCUGACAGUGGCACAGAGUGCAUGUCUGAUUCUGCUAUGGACUUGCCUGAUGUCACGCUUUCUGUCUGUGGAGGUCUAAGUGAAAAUGGAGAGAUCUCUAAAGAAAAAUUCAUGGAACAUAUUAUUACUUACAAUGAAUUUGCCGAAAAUCCAGGACUCAUAGACAAUCCUAAUCUAGUGAUAAGGAUUUACAACAGGUACUAUAACUGGGCAUUGGCUGCACCCAUGAUUCUCAGCUUGCAGGUGUUCCAGAAAAGUUUGCCUAAGGCUACAGUAGAGUCUUGGGUUAAAGACAAGAUGCCCAAGAAAUCUGGAAGAUGGUGGUUCUGGCGCAAGAGGGACAGCAUGGCUAAACAACCACCAGAGGCAAAGGAGGGGAAGUCUGAGGCACAAAGAACAAAUGACCUGCCAGCAACUACAAAAGAACAAGUUAAUAGCAGGCCGACAGAAGAUGAUUCUUCUAGUGAUGAAGAGUCACAAGAGCUGAAAGAAUCCCUAAAAAUAGAUUCUCUCCCAGUGGAACAUCCAAACCAUGGGAACACUAUCUCUUAUAAGAAGUCACUUAGACUGUCUUCAGACCAAAUAGCAAAAUUGAAGCUCAAAGAUGGUCCAAAUGAUGUUGUGUUCAGUAUUACAACCCAAUAUCAAGGUACUUGCCGCUGCGCAGGAACAAUAUACCUCUGGAAUUGGAACGACAAAAUCAUCAUCUCUGAUAUUGACGGAACAAUAACAAAGUCUGAUGCCUUAGGACAAAUUCUCCCACAGCUUGGCAAGGACUGGACCCAUCAAGGCAUUGCAAAACUCUACCAUUCCAUCAAUGAGAAUGGCUACAAGUUUCUGUAUUGCUCUGCUCGUGCCAUUGGAAUGGCAGAUAUGACAAGAGGGUACUUACAUUGGGUGAAUGACAAAGGAACAAUCCUACCCAGGGGCCCCCUGUUGUUGUCCCCCAGCAGCUUGUUCUCGGCCUUUCAUAGGGAAGUGAUAGAAAAGAAGCCUGAAAAGUUCAAAAUCGAGUGUUUGAAUGAUAUCAAGAACUUGUUUGUGCCGAAUAAACAGCCUUUCUAUGCUGCUUUUGGAAACAGGCCCAAUGAUGUAUUCGCCUACACGAAAGUGGGAGUCCCAGACUGCAGAAUAUUUACAGUGAACCCAAAGGGUGAACUGAUCCAGGAACAGACAAAGGGAAACAAGUCCUCGUAUUUCAGGCUAAGUGAGCUUGUGGAACAUGUGUUCCCACUGCUCAAUAAAGAACAGAGUUCUGCUUUUCUGUGCCCGGAAUUCAGUUCCUUCUGCUAUUGGCGACAACCAUUUCCUGAAGUGAACAUGGAAGACCUAGCCUGAACAGCUCUGCUCACCUGGAGAUGGGAUUUCAUAUCCAGUCAUUCAACUUCAGUUUAAAUGUGAAGAGAGAACUUCUUUUCUGGAGAUGCUAAUUUAUACAUUGGUACCAUGAGUAUUACUUAAGACAAUACUUUAAGUCUAUGGGUUUGGCACAAACAAACAGAAUGCAAAGUUUCUGUAUCUCUGACUUUGCUUGACUUUUUAAGGCAUUUGCAAUCCGCCUAUGUGAUAGCAGCGGUACUGAGACACUAGAUGGUAACACAAAGGUGGAGUUUUUGCUGCAUCUUUGCCUUUCCAUAGAUACAAAACUUACCUUAAAUAUAGACCUUUUUGUAUAUUAGUCUCCUUAAUAUUUUUUUAAAAAAGAAGCCAAAAAGUGCAUGGAAGCUGCCAAAUAGACUAUCAGCCAUGUUAUAGCAGUUAUAGACUAAUUUUCAAAUUGGUAAUUAGGCCAUUUUAAAAAGGAGUAACUGUCUGAAACAAGUAUGGCUCCAUUUCUCAUAAACAAAAUAUAGAAAAUGUCUUAAACAUUAACCACCUGACAGAAACUGAAGCUAUAAAGUUCCUCCUUAAAUGUAAAUAGUAUUGUCACAUGUACAGUCUAGUGUAUAUUAAAGGUAGAGGCUGUGCUUGUGCAGCAAGGUGCCACUCAUGUUAACUCUGCCUCUUACAUUUUUCUAAACAUACAGUGAUUUGACCAUUUUAUGAGCUUAUUGCUUAUUUUAGAUCCAAAGCUGUCUUGAGAAGUUUCAGUAUGCCUUUUGAUUCUUGAAUGACUUUUGUUAUUCCCAAGCUGCAACCUUCCAUGUCAAUUUUCAAUCCAGAGAAAGUUGAGGAAAAAGCUUUACUGUAAUAGCUGAGAAGUUGGCAUUUCUUUACAGUAUUGAAAUGCAUAUAUGUGUGCACAGUGUGUAGGCCAGUAAAAAGCAUGUACAGAUUAUAUUCAGGGAGUUGUCAUUGAAGAAAAUUAUGUAUUUAAUUUUUUUAAUUGAAUCUACUGCAGGCCUUUCCAGAAUUCUGUGUUAAGGGUUUUCAGUUGUUGAAGCAAGUACUGUGCAGCAGUGAGCCCCCACGUGUAAGGUUUGUGUUCUGAAUGUUGUAUAGCAGAG